AUUCGGCUUGAGUCAGAUUCAUCAGUCCCAACUUAUAUUUUCUUGUGGGCAAUCCACUCUGCCGAGAUUUUGGAACUCAGUCGCCACCAGAUCUGGAACAGUAGUGCAGCACAGACGGUGAAUAAUUUUAUCCAUACGGCGAGAAAAGAAAGCCCGAAUUUCGGAUCACUCUCUACUCUGUGGAUCACUGACAAAGAGCAAAAGUUGUCGGUCAGGUCUUGAUAUUUGAAGAACGUGUGUGAAAUUGUGUGAUUUUGUAUCUUAUAAAAAUGGUGAACACGGAUGAAAACGAAACCACACCUACUCCUGGAACGACAGACUCGGAAAAAAAGGAGGUGGAAAUGGAGGUGGUGAAAAGUGCAUCUGACCCCUCGACCGACCCCACUAAAACGAAGACGGUAGCAGAGGAGGGAGGAAAUGCACCGGGUUCUUCAUCCGCGGCUGAAAUUGAGGCUGAAACGACGACACAACAAGCAGCCCCAGCGGCGGCGGAACCUCCUCCAAAUCCGGCACCCGUCGCGACAACCACCACGACGACGACCACUGCCACUCCCCCCGUUGGGGCGGAUGCGGACAGGAAGAUUCGUGCCGUCACUUUGUCAUCGUUUGGAGGAUUGAAAAAUAUAAAAAUUGUGGAAAAGCCACUCCCUCCGGCCCCAAAUGAUGGACAGGUGACGAUCGAGGUCAAAGUCAGUGGUGUAAACUUCCAAGAUAUCCUCCUCCGUCUCGGGAUCAGCGAUGUGACACCCUCCCUGAAAACUCCGCUUGUCCUGGGGACAGAAUGCAUCGGGGUGGUGACAGCUGUGGGGGGAAAUGUGAACAGGAUCAAGGUCAACGACUUGGUGUUUGCCUUCCCAGAAAGUGGCGCCUUCUCAGAAAUCAUUGUUGUCGAUGAACGUUGCGUCUUCAAAGUGACGAAGCCAUCCUUGACCUUGGAAGAAUUGGCUUGUACGUUGCCCUACAUUGUCGCCCAUAUGCUUCUCAGCCGUUCCGGGGUUAAUUCUGGGGCCACCGUGGUCGUCCAAUCGGCUGGAGGGGGCGUUGGUCUUGCAAUUAAAGAGUUGGCUGCCAUGCGAGGGAUCAACGUGGUCGGGAUUGCAUCCGCCGGAAAGCAUGAGGCUUUAGGAAAAUAUGAAUUCAAACACUUGAUCCCUCGGGGUCAAGAUUAUGUGGCGGAGAUUAAAAAACUGUAUCCGGACGGUGUUGACGCUGUAUUCGAUUCACAAGGAGGGGAUGACAUUAGCCGUGGUAUUUCUCUCCUUGCUCCGUUGGGGACGUAUAUCUUAUUCGGAACGGGGAACGUUGUUACUGGUGAGAACAGGGGGAUUUUCACCGUGGCUAAGGGUUGGUGGACACAGGUUGAGAAAAUUCCCCCCAUGAAGUUACUCGAGGAGAAUAAACUAGUUGGUGGCUUCCGUCUUCGUAGCUUGUUAAAAGCGUGUCCCGAGCGGGUGCAAAAGACGUGCGAGGACGUGUGGGAGUUGAUGACCAAGAAGGAAAUUCAUCCCGUGGUGGACAAGACAUUCCAUUUUGAACAGAUGGCCACCGCCAUGCAGAGGAUGCACGAGCGGAAAAAUGUUGGCAAGAUUUUAAUCCGCCCAGACAUUGAGGUGCCCGCACCCCCAGAAGCACAGCCAGCCGCACCAGCCGGAAUCGUUCAGGUCGAACAGGGGACGGCAGCCACGGAGGAGGGUUCUUCAACUUCGACCUCAAGUACCGUUGUUGCUGCUCCUGUUGCUGCUCCGCCUGCUCCUGAUGCUGCCAAUUAAAUAGUUCAACUUGCAAAUUAUUCACUGCGAUUGAUUAUUACUUGAUAUUGAUUACUUACUGAUUUCAUUCACUGUCCAAAAUAUUUAAUGAUUUACUUUACGUACUUUUUCGCCAAUUUAAUUUUGAUACUUUACUUAUAUACAUAAUGUGGAUAAUAAUUACGUGAUGAUUGAUUAGGAUAUUAUUCUUACAUUUUUCCAUUGUUACAUAUGAAAAAGGAGUGUGGUUCGGAAUCUGGUAUGAAAUGAACUUAAAUUUCAUGGACUAAAAUUUGAUUUGAUUAAAGGGCAUGAUGUAUACGUCCA